UUCUAUCUUUCUGGCAUUUGUGUUCCACCAGAGUUCUUCGAGCUUCGACGUUUUCUUUUUUUCUCGGCGGCUCGUCCAUCGAGAGACAAGAAAAAAGAAUCGAAUCGUUCGGGUGCUCAUCAGCCACGAUCGAUUUUAACGAACGACUUUACAUUUCGAAAAAGAUUGGGAAAUCAUCGAAUGAGUUGAAUUUGAAAAAUUUUUAAAAGAAGAUCGCGGGAAAAAUAGUGCUUGUCGGUAACUAUUACCGAGUGAAAAGGAAAAGUUCUUCGGUCUGAAAUUAAAGCUCGAGAAAGCUCGGGAAGUGAAAGAAAAAGAGGAAGAGGAAGAGAAAGAGGAGGAAGAGGAAGAGAAGGAGAAAGAGGAAGAGGAAGAAGAAGGGAAGAUCAUGCUUGAACGUGAUAAACGUGUGUGUUUUUAACGUAACAACGUUAAAGGGCUACUUUGCCUUUGAUCGAGUCGUAAGCACGAGCUUGUGAGCAGGAAGCUUACGAGCACGAGCUUGCGUACGUCGAGGAAGAGACGAAGAUCGUUCUCGUUGUUGUGUGACGAUAUCGUAAAAGCUGGGUCGUAGCCGGUAUGGCUGACAGCGAAGGUGGCUCCGAACAGGACGACGUAUCAUUCCUUCGUACGGAGGAUAUGGUAUGUCUGUCCUGUACAGCAACAGGCGAGAGGGUUUGUCUAGCAGCCGAAGGUUUUGGCAAUCGACACUGUUUCCUCGAAAAUAUCGCAGACAAGAAUAUUCCUCCAGAUCUAUCGCAAUGUGUGUUUGUGAUAGAACAAGCUCUCUCGGUGAGAGCCUUACAGGAAUUAGUUACGGCCGCUGGCUCUGAGACGCAAGAGAAUUUAGGAAAAGGUACUGGAUCAGGACAUAGAACUUUACUUUACGGCAAUGCUAUACUUCUAAGGCAUCUAAACAGCGAUAUGUAUCUGGCAUGUUUGUCAACGAGUUCUUCGAACGAUAAGCUCGCUUUUGACGUAGGUUUACAACAACACUCUCAAGGCGAAGCUUGUUGGUGGACGGUGCAUCCAGCCUCAAAACAAAGAUCAGAAGGUGAAAAGGUCCGAGUAGGCGACGAUCUAAUUCUUGUAUCGGUAGCUACCGAGAGAUAUUUGCACACAACGAAAGAAAAUGGUUUAUCGGUAGUGAAUGCAUCGUUUCAUGUGACACACUGGUCGGUACAACCAUAUGGUACUGGUAUCAGUAGAAUGAAAUACGUAGGAUAUGUUUUUGGUGGAGACGUUUUAAGAUUUUUUCAUGGUGGCGACGAGUGUCUUACUAUUCCUUCGACAUGGAAUACAUCAUCUAAUCAAAAUAUCGUAACUUACGAAGGAGGAAGCGUUAUGAGCCAAGCAAGAUCCUUGUGGAGAUUAGAAUUAGCGAGAACUAAAUGGGCAGGUGGUUUUAUCAACUGGUUGCAUCCAAUGCGUAUAAGACAUCUAACCACUGGCCGAUAUCUUGGAGUAAAAGAAAAUAACGAACUAUAUUUGGUGGAUAGAAACGAGGCAACGAUAGAAACUUCUACUUUCUGGCUGAGACAAGAAAAGGAUGAUCAAAAAAUAAUUCUUGAGGAUAAAGAUUUAGAAGUUAUUGGAAUGCCGAUUAUUAAAUAUGGUGACUCGACGGUUAUUAUGCAACAUGCUACAACGUGUCUAUGGGUGUCUUAUAAGUCAUACGAAACAAAAAAGAAAGGCGUGGGAAAAGUAGAAGAGAAGCAGGCAGUAUUGCACGAAGAAGGAAAAAUGGACGAUGGUUUAGAUUUUUCACGUUCUCAAGAAGAAGAAUCUAGAACGGCCCGUGUUAUUAGAAAAUGUAGUAGCUUAUUCACGCAGUUUAUUACAGGCUUAGAAAACUUGCAAGUUGAUAGAAGAGCAUCGAUGUUUUUUCAAAAUGUAAAUCUCAAUGAAAUGGUGAUGUGUCUGGAAGAUUUAAUCAAUUACUUUGCUCAACCUGAAGACGAUAUGGAGCAUGAAGAAAAACAAAAUAGAUUUCGGGCACUUAGGAAUCGUCAGGAUCUAUUUCAAGAAGAGGGAAUAUUAAAUCUCAUUUUGGAAGCUAUAGAUAAAAUAAAUGUGAUUACUUCUCAAGGCUUUCUUGUGGCACUUUCGGGAGAUGAAAGUGGUCAAGCGUGGGAUCAAAUUUCUGGUUACCUUUAUCAAUUAUUAGCAGCUAUAAUCAAAGGAAACCAUACCAAUUGCGCUCAAUUUGCAAAUAGCAAUCGUUUGAACUGGUUGUUUAGCCGUUUAGGUUCGCAGGCGUCCAGUGAAGGUACUGGAAUGCUGGAUGUACUUCACUGCGUUCUUAUUGAUUCGCCCGAAGCUCUGAAUAUGAUGAGGGAUGAACAUAUAAAAGUGAUAAUCUCUCUUCUUGAGAAACAUGGCAGGGAUCCAAAAGUUUUGGAUGUGUUAUGUUCGCUUUGCGUGGGCAACGGAGUUGCUGUACGAUCAUCACAGAAUAAUAUCUGUGAUUUUUUACUUCCUGGAAAAAACUUACUUCUUCAGACGCAACUGGUUGAUCAUGUUGCUAGUAUCAGACCAAACAUAUUUGUUGGUAGAGUUGAAGGAUCAGCAUUAUAUCAAAAAUGGUAUUUUGAAGUUACCGUCGAUCAUAUCGAACAAACAACGCAUAUGAUGCCGCAUUUGCGGAUAGGUUGGGCAAAUACGGCUGGUUAUAUGCCAUAUCCAGGAGGAGGUGAAAAAUGGGGUGGAAAUGGUGUAGGUGAUGAUCUUUACUCGUUUGGUUUUGAUGGUGCAAAUUUUUGGACAGGCGGUAGAAAGACCCAAAUCGUUCAAAAUGCUACGGAACCCUUUAUCAGAAAAAGCGACGUAAUCGGUUGCUCCUUAGAUUUGACAGUUCCUGUAAUAUCUUUUACCUUCAACGGCACCCAUGUUGCUGGCACGUUCAGAAACUUUAAUCUCGAUGGCAUGUUUUUCCCAGCGAUUAGUUGCUCCUCGAAACUCUCAUGUAGAUUUCUUCUUGGUGGCGAUCAUGGAAGAUUGAAGUAUCAACCACCGGAUGAAUUUUCUCCUUUGGUAGAAAGUCUGCUACCCCAACAAAUACUCUCUUUGGAUCCUUGUUUCUAUUUUGGUAAUAUGAAUAAAGUCGUUUUAGCUGGACCAUGGUUGGUCGAAGAUGACACAGCCUUUGUUCCUGCACCGGUUGAUACUUCCAUGAUCAAUCUACCGAGUUACGUUGAGCAAAUAAGAGAUAAACUUGCCGAGAACAUUCACGAAAUGUGGGCAAUGAACAAAAUCGAAGCUGGAUGGAUAUACGGUGAACACAGAGAUGAUUUAAGAAAAAUUCAUCCGUGCAUAGUACAGUUUGAGAGAUUACCAGCUGCGGAAAAACGAUAUGACACUCAACUAGCCGUGCAAACGUUGAAGACAAUAUUAGCUCUUGGAUAUUACAUUACAAUGGAUAAACCACCAUCAAGAAUCAAAACUCUAAGGUUGCCUAACGAACCAUUUUUACAAAGCAGUGGUUACAAACCAGCACCUUUGGAUCUCAGUGCUAUCACUUUAACGCCUAAAAUGGAGGAAUUGGUAGAUCAAUUAGCAGAGAACACACAUAAUCUUUGGGCGAAAGAACGAAUUAGUCAAGGAUGGACUUACGGAUUGAACGAAGAUUCUGAGAUGAGAAGGAGUCCGCAUUUGGUACCGUAUCCUAAAGUAGACGAGGCCAUUAAGAAGGCUAAUCGAGAUACUGCCAGUGAAACUGUUAGAACACUUCUCGUAUACGGUUAUAUGCUUGAUCCACCAACUGGUGAACAACACGAGGCUCUACUGUUAGAAGCUAAUAGAUUACGACAACUGUACUUUAGGACGUAUAGGGUGGAAAAACAUUAUGCAGUUAAUAGUGGAAAGUGGUAUUUCGAGUUUGAAGUUUUAACAGCGGGUCCUAUGCGUGUUGGUUGGGCAAAAGCUGACUGUAUGCCAGGAAGUAUGUUAGGUAGUGACGAGAAUACCUGGGCAUUCGAUGGCUACAAUGUGACAAAGGUACAUGCUGGUACCCACGAAUCAUUUGGUCACAAAUAUCAAGUGGGCGACAUAGUUGGCUGUUUCAUUGACGUCGCAGACAGAACUAUCAGUUUUUCAUUAAACGGAGAACUUCUGAUGGAUGCACUCGGAGGUGAAACUUCGUUUGCCGAUGUACAAGGCGAUUCUUUCGUACCAGCCUUCACACUUGGGGUUGGGCAAAAGGCUAAACUGACAUUUGGUCAGGAUGUGAAUACAUUGAAAUUUUUCACGACCUGCGGUUUGCAAGAAGGAUACGAACCCUUUUGUGUGAAUAUGAAUCGUUUAGUUACGUAUUGGUACACGAAGGAUCAACCGAUUUUCGAGAAUACUGAUGACAUGGCCGACACUAGAAUAGACGUCGCUAGAAUUCCUGCAGGAUCGGAUACUCCACCGUGUUUGAAAAUAUCUCACAAUACAUUUGAAACUAUGGAAAAGGCAAAUUGGGAAUUUUUAAGACUAUCACUUCCCGUUAUUUGUCAGUCAAUAUUUAUCUCGGAAAAUGAUAAGGUACGAAGAUGGCAAGAGAUUAAGAUGCAUCAGAACAGACUUUUAUCCGAACAAUUCGAGCAGACGCAACAAGCAGCUCCUUCGGCUCACAUGGAACAGAUCAUGAAAUCUGGAUUUAGUAUGAGCGAUAUCAAAGGUUUACAAAGAAAUUACUCCGAAGAUGCAGUUGAAGCUGAUGAAAUGGCGAAAGAGUCACCUAUACCAAUGCAAAGAAAUAAGCCUACGAGACCACCGAGAAAGGGUUCGAUUUAUGGAUCACGUUCCGGAGCUAUGGAUAGCGCUGUAAACGAAGCCGAAAUGAACGGUUACGGAGAGAUGAACGGUGACGUCAAAGAUGAUAAAAAGAAACGUGGCCGUUCGCCUUUUAGAUUCUUCUCGCGAAAAGCAAAAUCACCAGAGGCCAAAGCUAAAACGCCGGAGCUUCAAGUACGUUCGGACGUAUCCGAUAAGAGUACCAGAACGAUGACAGGAAGUAAAACUGCGAGUAAAACUGCUCAAAUUCGAGUUUCUACCACCGAUCUGAAAGUAGUCCCUCCACAAAUUCCAGAACGAAACGCACCAAAAAUAAUGUCGGUAUUAACCGGUAGUGGUGUAGAAGCGAUCGGUAAUGAAAUCUUUGACGCGGAAUGUUUAAAAUUAAUGAACGAAUAUUUUUAUGGUGUGAGAAUCUUUCCUGGUCAAGAUCCGACACACGUUUACAUUGGUUGGGUAACCUCGCAAUAUCAUUUACAUACAAAGGACUUUAAUUUGUCACGCGUAAGAAAAGCUUCAGUCAUCAUUACAGAUGAUUAUGAUCGUCCGAUAGAACAAGUCGAUAGACAAAGUUGUUACAUGGUAAGAGCCGAUGAAUUAUACAACGAAGUUACCCAAGAUGCAUCAGGAAAGGGUGCAUCUCAAGGGAUGUUUGUCGGUUGCUUCAUAGAUACCGCAACUGGUUGUAUUUCAUUCACUUGCGAGGGUAAAGAAACGAGUCACAAAUUUAAAAUGGAACCAGACACGAAAUUGUUCCCUGCGAUUUUUGUGGAAGCCACCAGCAAGGAGAUACUUCAAAUCGAACUUGGAAGAACGUCUACGACGUUACCAUUAUCUGCUGCUGUAUUACAGAACUCAGAACGUCAUGUGAUACCACAAUUUCCUCCAAGAUUAAAAGUACAAUGCCUGAAGCCUCAUCAAUGGGCCAGAGUUCCGAAUCAAUCGCUUCAGGUACACGCUUUGAAACUCUCCGAUAUCAGAGGUUGGUCGAUGCUUUGCGAAGAUGCUAUUUCUAUGUUGGCUUUGCAUAUUCCCGAGGAAGAUAGAUGUAUCGAUAUUCUCGAACUUAUUGAAAUGGACAAACUUUUAAGUUUUCACGCACACACAUUGACGCUAUACGCGGCAUUGUGUUAUCAAUCAAACUACAGAGCAGCGCAUGCUUUGUGCCAACAUGUCGAUCAGAAACAAUUAUUGUACGCUAUCCGAGCCGAAUAUAUGUCUGGACCAUUACGACAAGGUUUUUACGAUUUAUUGAUUGCCUUGCAUCUCGAGUCUCAUGCGACAACAAUGGAAGUGUGUAAAAAUGAAUUUAUCAUACCUCUUGGUCAAGAAUUGAAGGAUUUAUACGAAGACAUUGAAAUGAAACACAGUCUUAGAUACUUACAAACAGAAUCUGUACGGCCGCAAAUGAAGAUGACUGAUAUAAGGCAAAUUCCUUCCAGCGAUCAAGUUAUCGAGAAUAUAAGAAGUCUAUACAGUCCACACUUUCCUCUCGAUGUUGUACGGGAUUAUGUAAUGAUGGCAUUAAACGAGGCCGUUGAAAUCAAUCAAGUUCAUAAUAGAGAUCCAAUAGGUGGCAGUAACGAAAAUUUAUUCUUGCCAUUGAUAAAACUCGUGGAUAGAUUACUUUUGGUUGGAAUGCUCAGAAACGAAGAUGUGAUGAAAUUACUCAUUAUGAUAAAUCCUGAAACUUGGGACCCAACAUUUGAUAAAGAAGGAAAAGACGAGCAUAAAAAAGGUCUGCUUCAUAUGAAAAUGGCUGAGGGUGCAAAGUUGCAAAUGUGUUAUCUUCUUCACCAUUUAAACGACAUUCAGUUACGUCAUCGUGUUGAAUCGAUCAUAGCAUUCAGUCAUGAUUUUGUCGGUGAUUUGCAAUCCGAUCAAUUGCGACGUUACAUUGACAUUAAACAAUCUGACUUACCAUCUGCUGUGGCUGCUAAGAAGACGAGAGAAUUUCGAUGUCCACCACGGGAACAAAUGAAUGCUAUUUUAAGUUUUAAAAAUCUCGAUCCAGAGGAAGAUACUGAAAAUUGUCCUUGCGGAGAAGAAUUGGUAGCUAAAAUGAACGAAUUUCAUAGCGACUUAAUGUCAUACGUAUCCUUGCAUGCUUUGCAAGAAGCUGUGGAUGCUGCUGACGAACCUGUCGAGGAAGUUCAAAAACCAGGUGCAAUGAAGAAAUUAUUUAAUUUUAUCAAUGCUGUGAAAGAACUUGAGGAAGAACCAAAACCAGAACCAGAACCAGAAAGGAAAACUCCUGAAGAGGUAUUUCGUAAGGUUCUGAUAGCAACUAUAGUGAAAUGGGCGGAAGAAGCUCAGAUUGAAACACCUAAACUUGUUCGUGAAAUGUUUAGUUUACUAGUUCGACAAUAUGAUACGGUAGGCGAAUUGAUUAGAGCUCUGGAAAAGACGUAUGUUAUCAAUAGCAAAACGAGAGAAGACGUUGCUUCGAUGUGGGUUGGUUUGAGCCAAAUUCGUGCUUUAUUACCAGUACAAAUGUCUCAAGAAGAAGAAGAACUUGUGAGAGAGAGAUUGUGGAAGCUGGUGAAUAAUCAUACAUUCUUCCAGCAUCCUGAUUUGAUUCGUGUACUUAGGAUUCAUGAAAAUGUAAUGGCAAUCAUGAUGAAUACCUUAGGUAGACGUGCCCAAGCACAAUCUGAUGCACAGACACAGCCACAAACUGCAGAAGGAGAAGCAGCCGCGAAAGAAAAAGAUACUUCUCAUGAGAUGGUAGUUGCUUGUUGUCGAUUUCUCUGUUAUUUCUGUCGCACAUCUAGGCAAAAUCAAAAGGCCAUGUUCGAUCAUUUUGACUUUUUAUUGGAGAACAGUAAUAUUCUCCUUGCCAGACCAUCUUUGAGAGGUUCUACACCAUUGGAUGUAGCUUAUUCCUCAUUGAUGGAGAACACUGAAUUGGCUCUCGCGCUUAGGGAACACUAUUUAGAAAAAAUAGCCAUUUAUUUGUCAAGAUGCGGUUUGCAAUCAAAUUCGGAGCUGGUCGAGAAGGGUUAUCCUGAUCUUGGUUGGGAUCCAGUCGAGGGUGAACGUUAUUUGGAUUUCUUGAGGUUCUGUGUAUGGGUAAAUGGUGAAAGUGUUGAGGAAAACGCAAAUUUGGUAAUCCGUUUAUUGAUAAGACGACCAGAAUGUUUGGGUCCUGCUUUACGAGGUGAGGGAGAGGGUUUAUUGAGAGCUAUAAUAGAUGCCAAUAAGAUGUCAGAACGUAUCGCCGAUAGACGAAAAGUGCACGAUGAGGCAGAGGGUACAGCAAUGGUGAUGCAGUUUGAACAUCCACUUCCAGAAUCAGACGAAGAUGAAGAUUAUAUCGAUACGGGCGCUGCAAUUCUUAAUUUUUAUUGCACCCUUGUUGAUUUACUUGGUCGAUGUGCUCCAGACUCUUCCGUGAUCGAGCAAGGGAAGAACGAAUCACUUCGUGCGAGAGCCAUUUUACGAUCAUUGGUGCCGUUGGAUGAUCUUCAAGGCGUUCUAUCAUUACGAUUUACAUUGCACAAUCCAGCUGCGGGAGAAGAAAGACCAAAAAGUGAUAUGCCGUCUGGAUUGAUACCUGGUCAUAAGCAAAGCAUCGUACUCUUCUUGGAACGUGUUUAUGGCAUUGAAACUCAGGAAUUGUUUUUUAAAUUACUCGAGGAAGCUUUCUUACCAGAUUUAAGAGCUGCUACCAUGUUAGACAGGAAUGAUGGAUACGAGUCCGACAUGGCUCUUGCCAUGAAUCGAUAUAUAGGAAACAGCAUCUUGCCCUUGCUAAUAAAACAUUCAAAGUUUUAUAACGAGGCUGAUAAUUAUGCGAGUUUAUUGGACGCUACUUUACAUACUGUAUAUCGGUUGAGCAAAAAUAGGAUGUUAACGAAGGGUCAACGUGAAGCUGUCUCAGACUUCCUCGUUGCUUUAACCAGCCAAAUGCAACCGAGUAUGUUACUUAAACUACUUCGAAAAUUAACAGUGGAUGUUUCUAAACUAUCUGAAUACACUACAGUCGCUUUAAGGUUGCUUACUUUGCAUUACGAUCGUUGCGCGAAAUAUUAUGGAUCUACCGGAGGCCAAGGAGCUUAUGGUGCUUCCAGCGAUGAAGAAAAACGUUUGACGAUGGUUUUGUUCAGCAAUAUAUUCGAUUCCUUGUCCAAAAUGGAUUACGAUCCGGAAUUGUUUGGGAAGGCUUUACCCUGUCUCACUGCUAUAGGUUGUGCUUUACCACCGGAUUAUUCAUUGUCGAAAAAUUAUGAUGAUGAAUGGUAUGGUAGUAAAUCAGCAUCCACGCAAUCACCUGAUGGUCCAUAUAAUCCACAACCUAUCAAUACAUCUAGCGUCGUUCUCAACAAUGAUCUGAAUCAAAUAGUACAAAAAUUCUCCGAGCAUUAUCACGAUGCAUGGGCUAGUCGAAAAUUAGAGAAUGGUUGGACAUAUGGUGAACAAUGGUCCGAUAUAAAUAAAACUCAUCCGAGAUUGAAACCGUAUAAUAUGUUAAACGAUUACGAGAGAGAACGUUACAAAGAGCCAGUUCGAGAAAGUUUGAAAGCUCUUUUGGCUAUUGGCUGGAGCGUUGAACAUGCCGAAGUUGAUGUACCUUCGACGAAUCGUAGUUCUAUGAGAAGAUCAUCCAAAAGUCAGAGCGAUUCUGCAAGUCCAUUUAAUUACAAUCCCCAUCCAGUCGAUAUGACAAAUUUAACGUUAAGCAGAGAAAUGCAAAACAUGGCCGAACGUUUAGCCGAUAAUGCUCAUGACAUUUGGGCUAAAAAGAAAAAGGAAGAACUUGUCACGUGCGGAGGUGGUAUUCAUCCUCAAUUGGUACCUUAUGAUCUAUUAACCGAUAAGGAAAAGCGAAAGGAUCGUGAACGUUCUCAAGAAUUCUUAAAAUAUUUGCAAUAUCAAGGCUACAAACUUCACAAGCCAAAUCGUGGAGGAGAAACAGAAGUUGCCAGUGCCGGUGCAUCAGUUGAAUUACGUUUUGCUUAUUCCUUAUUAGAAAAGCUGAUAGCGUAUCUUGACAAAGCAACGAUUAACAUGAAACUCCUCAAACCAUCUGAUACGUUUAGUCGUAGAAACAGCUUUAAAACGUCGACAAGAGACAUAAAAUUUUUCAGCAAAGUGGUAUUGCCAUUGAUGGAAAAAUAUUUUAGUACCCAUAGGAAUUACUUUAUCGCAGUAGCAACGGCUACGAAUAAUAUUGGGGCAGCUUCGUUGAAGGAGAAAGAAAUGGUCGCAGCACUUUUUUGCAAAUUAGCAAAUUUGUUACGAUCCAGACUUGCUGCUUUUGGUGCUGACGUAAGGAUAACAGUACGUUGUCUACAGGUCCUUGUAAAGGGUAUCGACGCAAAGAGUCUUGUGAAAAAUUGCCCAGAAUUUAUCAGGACUUCUAUGUUGACUUUUUUCAAUAACACAGCGGACGAUUUAGGUCAUACGAUAUUAAAUCUUCAAGAGGGUAAAUAUAGUCACCUUAGAGGUACUCAUCUGAAAACUUCAACAUCCUUAUCGUACAUCAACAGUGUUGUAUUGCCCGUUCUCACGGCCAUGUUCGACCAUCUUGCUGCUUGCGAAUACGGAAGCGAUUUGUUGUUGGAUGAAAUUCAAGUAGCCUCUUACAAGAUGUUGGCAUCUCUUUAUACUCUCGGUGUAGAUUCUAGCCUAACGCACGAUAGGAAGUACUUAAAAACCGAAAUCGAACGUAACAAACCAAAUCUCGGUUCCUGCUUGGGUGCCUUUUCAAGUUGUUUCCCAGUUGCCUUUCUAGAACCCCAUUUAAACAAACAUAAUCAAUAUUCUCUUCUAAACCGUAUUGCCGAUCAUUCGUUAGAAGCACAAGAUAUUAUGACAAAAAUGGAAUCAAGUAUGCCAACGUUGGAAACGAUCCUGACAGAAGUCGAUCAGUUCGUCGAGUCUGAAAAAACUUAUAACGAUGCUCCUCACGUAGUAGAUGUCAUAUUACCUCUUCUAUGUUCUUAUUUACCGUUCUGGUGGGCACAAGGACCAGAUAAUGUUAAUCCAACCGAAGGCACAUACGUUAGCAUGGUAACCAGCGAUCACAUGAACCAACUUUUGAAGAAUGUAUUAAAAUUGAUAAAGAAAAAUAUUGGCAACGAAAAUGCACCAUGGAUGACACGAAUUGCAGCUUACACCCAACAGAUCAUCAUUAAUUCGUCGGAAGAGUUAUUAAAAGAUCCAUUUUUACCUUUGGCCGAACGUGUUAGAAAACGUACUGAUAAUAUGUUCCACAAAGAAGAAUCCCUUCGCGGAUUCAUCAAAUCUUCCACGGAUGAUACCUCACAGGUUGAAGCUCAGAUACAAGAAGAUUGGCAACUUUUGGUUCGCGAUAUAUAUUCAUUCUAUCCUCUUCUGAUCAAGUACGUGGAUUUGCAAAGGAAUCAUUGGUUAAGGAAUAAUAUACCUGAAGCCGAGGAUCUUUACAAUCACGUUGCUGCGAUAUUCAAUAUAUGGUCUAAGUCACAAUAUUUCCUACGUGAAGAACAAAACUUUAUAUCGACCAAUGAGAUCGAUAACAUGAUUCUUAUCAUGCCUACUGCAACUAGAAGACCAACAACCGUUUCGGAUGGUACUGCUCCUGCUGGCGGUGGAAAGAAAAAAAAGAAACAUCGUGACAAGAAAAGGGAUAAAGAUAAGGAAGUCCAGGCGUCUUUAAUGGUAGCAUGCCUUAAACGCUUGUUGCCGGUCGGUUUGAAUCUGUUCGCUGGCCGUGAACAAGAACUCGUUCAACAUUGCAAAGAUAGAUUCUUGAAAAAGAUGCCGGAGUACGAGAUCGCCGAAUUUGCUAAGACCCAAUUAACUUUACCGGACAAAAUCGACCCCGCGGACGAGAUGUCUUGGCAGCAUUAUUUGUAUUCGAAGUUAGGACAGAAGAAGGAUGCAAUGGAACCAGUUAAAGCUCAACAAUUGGAGGAUGUAGUUGCUAGAAUUACAGACAUGGCUAAAGUACUUUACGGCCUACAUAUGAUAGAUCAUCCACAACAGCAGAGCAAGAGUCAAUACCGAUCCGUGGUGUCGAUACAACGCAAACGAGCGGUGAUAGCUUGUUUCCGUCAAACUUCCCUACAUUCCUUGCCCAGGCAUCGGGCAAUAAAUAUAUUUGCAAGGACGUAUUACGAAUUGUGGUUGCAGGAUGAAAACGUAGGUCAGGAAGUAAUGAUUGAAGACCUUACGCAAUCUUUCGAGGAUGCAGAAUUGAAGAAAAUGGACAAGGCCGAGGAUGAGGGUAAACCAGAUCCAUUAACGCAAUUGGUUACGACGUUCUGUCGUGGUGCUAUGACUGAAAGAUCCGGUGCUCUUCAAGAAGAUCCAUUGUACAUGAGUUACGCUCAGAUUAUAUCGAAAUCUUGUGGCGAAGAAGAAGAGGAGGGUGAAGAGGAAGGCGGAGGUGGUGAAGAAGAAGGCGGAGCAUCUAUUCAUGAACAAGAAAUGGAGAAGCAGAAGCUGCUCUUUCAUCAAGCACGUUUAGCAAAUCGUGGUGUCGCAGAGAUGGUGUUGCUUCAUAUAUCAGCUUGCAAAGGUGUUCCAAGCGAGAUGGUUAUGAAAACGUUGGAAUUGGGAAUUUCUAUUUUACGCGGCGGUAACAUCGAGAUACAACGAGGAAUGUUAAAUCAUCUGAAGGAGAAGAAGGACGUUGGUUUUUUCACUUCAAUCGCGGGUCUUAUGAAUUCCUGUAGUGUCCUAGAUUUGGAUGCUUUCGAGAGGAACACAAAAGCCGAAGGUCUUGGUGUUGGUUUUGAAGGUGCUGCUGGCGAAAAGAAUAUGCACGAUGCUGAAUUCACAUGUGCAUUGUUCCGUUUCAUACAGCUGACUUGUGAAGGCCAUAAUCUUGAUUGGCAAAAUUAUCUUAGAACGCAAGCGGGUAAUACAACAACGGUAAAUGUCGUCAUAUGUACUGUGGAUUAUUUACUGCGUUUACAAGAAUCCAUUAUGGAUUUUUAUUGGCAUUAUUCGAGUAAAGAACUCAUUGAUCCUGCUGGUAAAGCGAACUUCUUCAAAGCUAUAGGUGUUGCUAGUCAAGUCUUCAAUACUCUUACUGAAGUUAUUCAAGGACCUUGCGCACAAAAUCAACAGGCCUUAGCACAUUCUAGAUUGUGGGAUGCUGUUGGUGGUUUUCUCUUUUUGUUUUCACAUAUGCAAGAUAAAUUAUCUAAACACUCCAGUCAAGUAGAUCUCUUGAAAGAAUUAUUAAAUCUACAAAAGGAUAUGAUCACUAUGAUGCUGUCAAUGUUGGAAGGAAAUGUCGUGAAUGGUACUAUCGGAAAACAGAUGGUUGACACCUUGGUAGAGUCGGCUGGAAACGUCGAAUUGAUUUUGAAAUAUUUCGACAUGUUCCUGAAGUUGAAAGAUCUAGUAUCAUCGCCAAGUUUCUUAGAAGUAGAUCUUAAUAGUGAUGGUUGGGUAUAUCCUAAAGAUUUUAAAGAAAAAAUGGAGCAACAAAAAAGUUAUACCGACGAAGAGAUUGAGUUUCUAUUAGCUUGCUGCGAGACAAAUCAUGAUGGUAAGAUCGAUUACGUCGCUUUUAUGGAUCGUUUCCACGAACCUGCAAAAGAAAUCGGCUUUAAUCUCGCAGUACUUCUCACCAAUCUUUCGGAGCAUAUGCCGAAUGAGCCUAGAUUAGCGAGAUUCCUUGAAACUGCUGGCUCCGUUCUCAAUUAUUUCGAACCCUUCCUUGGAAGAAUCGAGAUUCUAGGUGGUAAUAAAAAGAUCGAGCGUGUUUAUUUCGAAAUAAAAGAAUCAAAUAUAGAACAGUGGGAGAAGCCACAAAUUAAAGAAUCAAAAAGAACAUAUUUUUAUAACACGGUAGUCGAGGCCGGUGAAAAAGAAAAGCUGGAAACUUUUAUUAAUUUCUGCGAAGACGCGAUAUUUGAAAUGCAACAUGCCAGUGCUUUAAUGGCUGUAGAAGAAAGCGGCGGUAUUGGUAAAGCAAGAGAAUCAUCUUACACUUAUAUGUCGGAAGAUGAUGAAGAAAGAAACAAAGAUCCGAUAAGGAGAGGUAUACAAGCUUUCAAGGAUGGCAUUUAUUUCUUUUUCUCCAUGUUUUCACCAACGAAUAUAAAGAAUAAAAUAACAGAAAUGCAACAGAUGACAAUACCCGAACUAUUUAUUGGCUUUUUCAAAAUGAUAUUCUACGCAUUUUAUUAUUCUGGAUUCGGAGUUGGUUGUGUUAUCAGGUACUUUAUGAAAUUAUUAUUAACUUUGAUGAGAGGACCACAUGUGGACGAACCUGCGGUCGAGGUGAAGGAAGAGGAAGAAAAACCAUCAAGACAUUUACCGGCUCUACCUCCAACGCCAGAUGAAUCUAAUUUACAGGUACAAGCUUUUGGAAUGGAUAUAACGAAAGAGGAAGGUGGUCAAAUAAAGAUAGCACCGCAUGAAUCGUCAACUUCGACACCACAAUCGAGCAUCGAAGAAACUGGCGAAAGUACCCCAGACGAAGGUGGUGGUGAAGAAGGUACAAGAACGGGCGAAGGAGGUACUGGAGAAUCUGAAGCACCUGUUACAUUCGUUGAUUUACUUGGUGGCGAACAGGCAAGAGCUCAGGCCGCAGCAGCAGCUGAGGCCGCGGCAGCUCAACAAGCAGCAAUGGCAGCAGUAGAGGCAGAAGCAAAACAAGAAACGGCAAUCGAACCAUCGGCUGCUUCGACCAUAGAUUUUUCUGAAUAUACUCACCGUAUUGUCUCAUUUUUGGCUAGAAAUUUCUAUAAUCUGAAAUACGUUGCUCUUGUUCUUGCCUUCUGUAUAAACUUCAUGCUACUAUUCUAUAAGGUUACAUCUCUCGCUGGUGAUUCGGACGAUGAAGGCAGUGGCGAUUCUAUGGCUGAUAUCUUAGGUGACAUGUCAGGUGAAGGUUCAUCGGGUGCAAGCGGUAACGGUUUAGAAGUCGGAAGUGGUAGUGGUGAAAAUGAUUCGGAAGAGGAAGAUGAAGAUGCUUUAGAAUUUGUUGAAGUAUCGGAAGACUUUUAUUAUAUGGCUCACGUUAUGAGACUUAUGGCUGCUCUUCAUUCUAUCGUCUCGUUAGCUAUGCUGGUCGCUUAUUAUCAUCUUAAAGUACCGUUAGCCAUAUUCAAACGUGAAAAAGAAAUCGCACGUCGAGUUGAAUUCGAUGGUCUGUACAUAGCUGAAAGUCCCGUAGAAGAUGACAUAAAGGCACAUUGGGAUAAAAUGGUAAUAUCGGCCAAAACAUUCCCUGUUAAUUAUUGGGAUAAAUUCGUCAAAAAAAAAGUAAGACAAAAGUACAGCGAAACUUAUGAUUUCGACUACAUCAGCAAUUUGCUUGGGAUGGAAAAGACAUCUUUCAGUCAACAAGAAGAAGAAGGUUCUGGCUUGAUACACUUUAUCGUAAAUAUCGAUUGGAGAUAUCAAGUAUGGAAAGCUGGCGUCACUAUCACAGAUAAUGCAUUUCUGUACAGUCUUUGGUACUUCACAUUUUCAAUAUUGGGAAAUUACAAUAACUUUUUCUUUGCUGCACAUUUACUUGACGUUGUGGUUGGUUUCAAAACAUUGAGAACGAUUUUACAAUCUGUAACGCACAACGGAAAACAAUUGGUGCUAACAGUAAUGUUAUUAACAAUCGUAGUCUACAUUUAUACCGUGAUAGCCUUCAAUUUCUUUAGAAAAUUUUAUAUUCAAGAGGAGGACGACGAAGUUGAUAAGAAAUGUCACGACAUGUUAACGUGUUUCGUUUUUCAUUUGUACAAAGGUGUAAGAGCCGGUGGUGGUAUCGGUGACGAAAUUGGAGAACCAGAUGGUGAUGAUUAUGAAGUUUAUCGUAUCAUGUUUGAUAUUACAUUCUUCUUCUUUGUCAUCAUUAUUCUUCUUGCUAUUAUCCAAGGUUUGAUCAUCGAUGCGUUUGGUGAGCUUCGAGACCAACUCGAAAAUGUCAAAACGAAUAUGGAGAGCAAUUGCUUCAUAUGUGGUUUAGGAAAGGAAUAUUUUGAUACGGUACCACACGGAUUCGACACUCAUGUUCAACAAGAACACAAUCUUGCAAAUUAUAUGUUCUUCCUGAUGCAUCUAAUCAACAAACCCGAUACGGAGUACACGGGUCAAGAAACGUACGUCUGGAAUAUGUACCAACAAAGAUGUUGGGACUUCUUCCCUGUCGGUGAUUGCUUCCGUAAACAGAACGAAGCGGUAGAAGAAGAAACUAAAAAGAAAUAAAUUAGCAAUCUUUUUUAUGUUACAUUUUACAUCUGUGACGUGAUCGAUUCGAUCGACAUACUUCUACUUUAACAAAGAUUUAUUGCUUGCAACGUUUCCAAAAUAAUGUUGACGUUUUAACGAAGGUUUAAGGUUCGAUGAUACAUCCUGGAAACUGCAUGCUUUAUUAUUUAAAAAUUUUAAGAUCACUUUACAUUGAAGUGUGUGUAUAUAUAUAUCCCCAUUCAACGUUUAUGUCAUAUUUCAAUUCUGAAAUACAUUCUGUGUUAUAUCGUGCGACCUAACACAACACUUAGGAAGUAAAAGUACGUCGAAUGUUGAUUAAAGUUACACAUAUUUUUCCAACUUUAUAAUUGUAGCUACAAUACGGUAUGUUCGGCGAUUUCACGUUUUUUAGAUAAGUAAAUUUAAUCGAAGUAUGGGGAGACCUUCGACCAGUACAACGUUAGUAUCUACUGAUAAACAAAAAAAAGGUAUAAGAUAUAAAAGAACGACUGCACAAAUCAACAUAUUCAUAGCGUUAUAAUUGCCUUCUUCUCUUACGUCGAUACCGACCAAAAUCGAUCCGUGCAUAAAUCCAUUAUAAUAUAUUAUGAUGAGCGUUUGCGAUGUGACGCAAGUUAGAAUGUAAGUUAGUUGAUCGCGUUUAAAGUUUAUAUCAUUAAGUCAUAAGUCGUGUAUAUUUCUUGGAAAUAUCAAAACUUUUUUGAGAACGAUCGAUGACUGAAGAACCUAUCGUACGGUAUGCCCGUAAAUGUCAAUACAUAUAUAUAUAAAAAUACAUAUAUAUACAUAUAUAUAUAUAUUGUACAUAAAAUUCUACGGCAAGAUAAACUCUCGAAGAAUAAAGAAAGAAUUACUUCUUUA